AUGGCACAUUAUGACGUGAAGGUAAAAAAGUUGAAGGGAUCCAAGAAGACGCCUGCAGAGAAGAUGGAUAGGGUAGAGGCAGAUAGUAAUAAGCUCAAGCACAGUGUCGCGACGCAUUCAUUCGAGGAAAUGGAUAAGGAUGCACGCAGCAGAUUGUCCGGUGUGCUCUCUACUCGCGAUAAGGAGUUCGCCACGCUGCUUGGACUGUUGUGUUCGUACUUGUCUACGAUGGCGAAGGAGAUGGAGGAGUGCACGAAACCACUGGCAGGCGUCUACAAGAGGGUUGAGCUCAUCAAUGGUGGCAAGCGUGAAGGUACGGCGACCGCUGUGUGUCGGGUUCUUUCAAGUACAGCAGGUGCCAACCCCUUCCCUUCACCAUCUCUAAACCCCUUCGACGAGAUGAAUGCCGAGCCGGUCGUGGUUUUCCGUGAUAAUUCCAAAACAGAGAAACUCAGCCAUGUGCCUUCCCACAGUGCGAAGACAGUGAUUACUCUACCGAGCAGCGACCUCCAAGAGAAGCCGCCAUCGGGCGUCCCUGUGGGUGGCAGUUCUAACACUGGCACGCCGACAACAGUAAAGCACACCUCGAGCGGUGAUGUCGAUCGUUUCGAUCCGAACACAAUCAUGGAGGAGGAGACCAUUCGAAUCGGAGGGAGUCGCAGCCCUGCAGAGGGCCCUCCAGUCUCUGCUAUUAAGGAGGAGAAGACACCUGAGAAGAGGGGGAAGAAGAGCAAGUUGAUGCGAAUGAUCAAAGGGUAG